UAGUUUUUUCGGCGCAUGCUCAAACCGUUAAUCGUAAUAUCCGCUGUGUCUACGUGCGGCGGCCAUAUUUCUCUUCCGUUCUUCAAGGGUACUGAAGACACCAGACUACGCAACAUGUACCGGUUUGCUAGAGCUGCAUUUAACGUUACCGGUCAGGCUGUGCGGCAGGUGAGACAUGGGUCCACCGGUGCAGAGUUCCACGCCAAGUACGGCAACGGCCUGCUGGUCAGCGGAGGUGUCUUCUGCACGGCUGUGUGGGCAUAUGUGCUGACUCAAACUGGCCUCACCUGGAAUUUGUCACCAGUUGGAAAGGUCAUGCCCAAAGAAUGGAGAGAGGCUGAAGAGGAGUGAAGAGCCACCAUGACAGACCUGUGUUUAACCCAAUUAACUUUCUGGUUGUACAGAUGAAUAAUAAAUACCAGUGUGUUCAGACAGUGAAUGCCUGUGCUUAUUCCAACAUGUUUCUUUGUCCAAAUAAAUUAAAUGUGAUUCUACUGACAA